AUGGCGUCGACAGGCCAACCAGACGAUCCGGGCACAAUAUUUCAAAACCUCAGAUCGAAGACCCACGAUACAAGAGUCAAGGCCGCCGAAGAACUGCGACGAUAUGUCAUCACAAAGGUAUCCGAAAUGUCGCCGGACGCUGCUGCGAAGGUCUGGGACGACAACAUCAACCGGAACCUGUUCGACUUGAUGCACAGCCAGAGCAACGUUGAGAGAUUCGGUGGAUUAUUGGCUAUAGACCACCUCCUGGAGAUGCCGGGGGAAGAAACACAGACCCCCGACUCGAAGCGCCAUUUGUACCGCUUCUACAACUACGUCAGGCACCAGCUCCCGCACCACGACAUCAACCUCAUGCUCGCCGCGUCGCACACGCUUGGGCGUAUAGCCAAGAUCGGCGGGGCUGCGUUUGGGGACAUGUUCAUGGCAUACGAGGUCCAGGCUGCCAUCGCGCUGAUGCAGCCCGACAAGCAGCCCGACUCGUCGUCGUACGCCGGGGUACUGAUCCUCAAGGAGCUGGCGAAGAACAGCCCGAACCACUUCUCAUCACAUAUCGGGGCGGUGCUGGGUGAUAUUGUGCUGCCGCUGAGGGACUCGCGGGUGAUAGUGAGGGAGGGCGCGGCGGAGCUGCUCGCAGCGUGCUUGGAGAUUGUGACGGACCGCAAUGUGCACGUGCAGAAGAUCAUACAGGACGCGCAGCUUGGACUGAGGCAGUCACAGCCGGAAGUCAUACACGGGUCUCUCCUUGCUUACCGCGAAUUGCUCAUCUAUGGGAAGAUGGACUCCGAGCUCAUGGAUGUGGGGGAGACCAUCCUGCGGUUCAAGGCGCACAAGGACAACCUCGUUCGCAAGACGGUCAUCACCCUGAUCCCGACACUAGCCUCGUAUGGUACGGCUGCAUUCAUCGAACACUUCUUGCACAAGGCCGUGGGUCACUUACUGACGCAGCUGGACAAGCCGAGUGAACGCCAUUUUGCCUUCAUCGCGAUUGGCCACACUGCUACUGCUAUCAAGGGCGACAUGAAACCCUUCCUGGAUGAUAUCAUGGAACACGUUAAGCAGGGCUUGCAAGCCCGAGGAAAGAAGAACAUCCCCUCGAAUUCGGAGGAACCCAUCUUCCAAUGCAUCGGCAUGCUAGCCAAAGCUGUAGGCCCGAACCUGACGAAACUCCUGCUUAUGAACGACAAGCAGUUACUGAACUUGAUGUUCGCGUGCGGGUUGAGCGGCGCGCUAGUCAGCGCGCUUGGCGACAUCGUUACAAGUAUUUCGCCGUUGUUGCCAAUGAUUCAAGAUCGGCUACUAGAUAUGCUUUCCAUGGUUCUAAGCGGCAAGCCGUAUAGACGACUCGGGGCGCCUCCCCUCCCUCCUCCUCUUCUUGGCAGCCGCAGCCGUGAUGCUCAUUCUCAUGGGGCUGUUGCAAGGGAACAGAGCACGACUCAGGCCAACGAGUCUAAUUUAGAACGAAUUACUCUCGCCCUGACGACUCUCGGCGAAUUCGACUUUAGUGGGCACGUAUUGAGCGACCUCGUACGAACUUGUGCACUCCCCUACCUGGAGAGCGACAGUCCCAACGUCAGAGAGGCUGCCGCGAUGACGUGUUGCCGACUCUUCGUGGAGGACCCGAUAUGUUAUCAAGCCAGCAACCGCGCCAUUGAGACGCUCAGCGACGUGCUGGACAAGCUGCUUACUGUCGGGAUCGCUGACCCUGACGCGAAUAUCCGGCAUGUUGUCCUGUCGAACCUCCACGAGCGUUUCGACAAACAACUCGCUCAAGCUGGGAAUAUCCGGUCUCUUUUUGUCGCUCUCAACGACGAGGAAUUCAGAAAUCGAGUUACGGCGGUCGGGCUCAUCGGGAGACUAGCCAGGCAUAAUCCUGCCUAUGUGAUGCCCUCGCUUCGGAAAGCUCUCAUCCAACUUUUGACGGAAUUAGAGUAUUCUACAGUGAUGCGUGGCCGGGAAGAGUGCACCCGACUCUUGACCUUGUUAGUCAGUGCGACACAACGACUGAUCAAGCCAUAUGCCACCUCGAUGCUACGUACCCUUCUCCCAAAGGCCAAGGACAGCAACGCCACCGUGGCUUCAAACGUCUUGACGUGCCUCGGCGAACUGGUCUGCAUUGCCGCUGAAGACGCGUCACCCUGCGUCCCGGACCUGAUGCGCGUCAUCAUGGACAGACUGUCCGACCCAUCUCUCGCAAAGCGCUCUGACGCGACGCUACAUACUCUCGGCCAAUUGUGCUCCAGCACGGGGUAUGUCAUCCAACCCCUUGUGGACUACCCACAGCUCCUCCCGAUGUUGCUGCGCAUUCUGCGCAAUGAGAGCACGAACUUCGCGAAGAGGGAGGUGGUCAAGGUACUUGGAAUCCUGGGUGCUAUAGAUCCGUUUAGACGGAAGGGUUCGAAGAGGAAAAUUCUGGAUGAGGCACCGCCGGAGCCCGGAGCUUCCUCGACGAAUACCGUUGCUGCUGCCACUACUGUUGGUGCUACGGGCACUCUAGUCAACUUGACUGGUGGCGCUGACGAUGGUUUCCAAGCUGCGGUUAUUAGCGCUCUGUUGGAUGUCCUAAAAGACCCGUCGUUAAGUGCUCACCACCACAAUGUCGUGGAGGCUAUCAUGUCUAUCUUCAAGACUCAGGGUCUCAAAUGUGUUACGUUCCUCCCCGAGAUCAUCCCCGCGCUUACUUUUGUGGCCAAGAAUUCGACAGUGAGGAUGCAAGAGUUCCACCUUCAGCAACUCGCGAUUCUCGUCACCAUCAUGAAGGAACAUUCCCGCAACUACGCGAUGCGUCUGUAUAGGUUGGUCCUCCAGUUAUGGGAUAACCCGUCGCUUCACCUCCCCAUUGUCUCGCUUAUCGAAGCGUUGGGGAACGCUUUGAAUUCCGAAUUCAAGCCUUUCUUGGCUACCAUAAUCCCCUUGGUUCUGAAAGUCUUCGAUGACGACUUGACGGAAAAACGGAUCCCGACGCAGAUGAAGAUAUUUGAUGCAUUCAUCACCUUCGGAACGAAUACUGAGGAAUACCUCCAGCUGGUGAUCCCAGUAAUAGUACGGACGUUUGAACGGACGGACGCUUCAUCGUCGUUGAGGAGGAAGGCGAUUCAGACCAUCGAGUCGCUGUCUGCGCGCGUGAACUUUUCGGACCAUGUAUCUAGGAUUAUACAUCCGUUGGUGCGGGUGUUGGACGCGGGUGGCAAUGAUAUUCGUCAAGCGGCAUUGGACACGCUAUGUGCUUUUGUUUACCAAUUGGGCCCCGAUUUCGCAAUAUUCGUGUCCACGAUCCGGAAGGUUAUGGCAAAACACCAUAUAACACAUUCCAAAUACGAAGGGCUCGUCUUGAAACUCCUCAACGGCGAGUAUCUCGUGCGAGAGACUGUGACCGAUCCUGCGAGAAUGCCAGAAUACUCGGCUCCCGCCGAAGCGACAAAACUUUCCGUGAACCAACAGCAUCUCAAACAAGCCUGGGAUACGUCCUAUGUUUCGACGGCAGAAGACUGGACCGGCUGGAUGCAUCAUCUCGAAGUUGAAUUCAUGAAGGAGUCUCCAUCUCAUGCCUUACGCGCAUGCAUGAGCCUUGUUGAUAUCUACCCACCUCUCGCUAAGGAACUAUUCAAUGCAGCUUUCUUCUCGUGCUGGGGUGAGCUAUACGGCCAGUACCAGGAAGACCUAGUGCGCUCCAUCGAGCUUGCCAUGACCUCGAGUACGAGUCCAACGGAUUUGAUUCAUCGGCUGUUAAACCUGGCGGAGUUCAUGGAGCAUGAAGAAAAACCACUCCCGAUUGACCCUCGGAUCCUUGGCGAGUAUGCCAUAAAGUGUCGUGCCUACGCGAAGGCCUUGCAUUACAGAGAGCUCGAAUUCUUCAUGGAGUCGUCGCCGACUAUCAUUGAAUCGCUGAUCUCUAUCAAUACGUUGCUUCAACAGCACGACGCUGCUUUGGGAACACUCGUCACCGCUGGAGAACAGUACGACAUUACGAAGCACGAACAGUGGUAUGAGAAGCUGGGACGGUGGCAAGAGGCUUUGCAUGUAUAUGAAAAGAAAGCUUCUCCAUCAGCACCCGAUGUCGCAAUCGGCCGAAUGAGGUGUCUUCACGCUCUUGGCGAAUGGGAUCAACUGGCGGCUUUGGUGGAAGAGCACUGGACAGACGCAGAUCCGGAUGAUCGUCGGGAUAUCGCGCCAAUGGCCGCCGCCGCCGCUUGGUCGCUGAGGGAAUGGGAUGCCAUGGAGGGCUACAUCUCUGCCAUGCGCUCUGAUGUGGCCGACAAAUAUUUCUAUCGGGCCAUCCUCUCUGUCCACCAGAAUCAGUUCCCCAAAGCUAUGGCACAUAUAGGAAAAGCGAGGGAUUACUUGAAGAAUGAUAUUUCCAGUUUCAUCGGAGAGGAUUAUGGGCAAUCUUACAAUACCAUGGUUCGGGCGCAGAUGCUGUCGGAACUAGAAGAAAUCGUCACUUACAAGCAAUUUGCUGACCAACCUGAACGCCAGCAGACAAUCCAUGAGACAUGGAUACAACGCUUACAGGGGUGUCAGCCGGAUGUCGAGGUGUGGCAACGAAUCCUUCAAGUACGAACACUGGUGAUCACUCCAGAAGACGACCCGGUUAUGUGGAUAAAAUUCGCCAAUCUAUGCCGCAAGUCUGGCAGGAUGAUGCUGGCGGAGAAAACCAUCAACUCGUUGCUUGGACCGUCCAAGGCCCCUCCUGAGGUAGUCUAUGCGCAGUUGAAGUUCAUGUGGGAAAAAGGUGGUAAAAAAGAGGAGAGUCUGCAAUUUGUUCGCCAAUUCGCCAUCAACCUCGCCAAGGACAUUGAGCACGAAUCAAGCGAAAAUGGCCCUCUGUCUACAGCCUCUGAGACCCGACUUGAAGACCGUACCCGGCUCCUGGCCCGUUGCUACCUGAAACAAGGUCAAUGGCAAAAGGAAUUGAAAGAAGACUGGGAUCAGAGAAAUAUCGACGACAUACUCUAUUCAUUCCAACUAGCCACUAGUCAUGAUCCAACGUGGUAUAAGGCGUGGCAUACUUGGGCGCUGGCCAAUUUUGAAGUCAUUGGACAUAUAGAAAAUCUUACGAAUGAAAAUCGUUCAGAGGGGAGUACCGAGGUCGGCAACAAUUUGGCCGCACAUGUUGUUCAGGCAGUUGAGGGGUUCUUCCGGUCAAUAUCCCUUCGCAAUGAAGAUACGCUUCAGGACACGCUUCGUCUCCUCACGCUAUGGUUUAAAUAUGGCGCCCACGACGAAGUCAGCCACGCCAUGGCGAGCGGAUUCUCAUCCGUCGAGGUAGAUACUUGGCUCGAAGUCAUUCCCCAGGUCAUCGCGCGCAUCCAGACACCUCACCUCAAUAUUCGUCGUAAUAUCAAUGCUCUCCUGGUUGGCGUUGGGCAACACCACCCACAAGCAUUGGUGUAUCCGUUGACGGUGGCGUCGAAGUCAUCAAGUAAAUCCCGCCAAGCGGCUGCAGUCCUGAUAAUGGACCGGAUGCGCGAGCAUAGUGCUGUGAUCAUUAAUCAAGCGCUGUUGGUAAGCCGUGAACUCAUCAGAGUAGCCAUCUUGUGGCACGAGCUGUGGCACGACGCACUGGAAGAGGCUUCACGCUUAUAUUUCACGGAAAAUAACCCCGAAGGGAUGAUUAUGGUGCUGGAGCCACUCCACGAAAUGAUCGCAGCGGGCGCAACAACAACCCGGGAAAUAUCGUUUGUGCAAGUAUUUGGUAGAGAACUUCACGAUGCACACGAAGCUUGCAAACGCUAUCACGAGCAUGGCGACGCCGGAGAGCUUGACAAAGCGUGGGCUAUAUAUUACGACGUCUUCAAAAAGAUUGAGAAGCAACUGCCACAACUGACAUCAAUCGAUCUCCAAUACGUGUCCCCCGCCCUCCUGAAAUCCAGAAAUCUCGAACUUGCUGUUCCUGGAACCUAUCAAAGCGGGCGUCCGGUAAUCAAGAUAGUCAGCUUUGCCCCGAAGCUUGGAGUCAUCGCUUCCAAACAACGCCCACGCAAACUUUCGCUGAUUGGCAGUGAUGGCAAGGAACAUAACUACCUUCUAAAAGGGCAUGAGGAUCUUCGGCAAGAUGAACGAGUCAUGCAACUACUCGGCCUAGUCAACACGUUGCUUUCUGUGGACACUGACAGCUUCCAGCGACGGCUGCACGUCAAGGGAUUCUCCGUCAUCCCUCUUGCUCCCAACGCCGGCCUUCUAGGCUGGGUCCAUGAUAGUGACACGCUGCACGUCUUGGUCCGCGAUUAUCGAGAGACCCGAAAAGUGUUGCUUAAUAUUGAGUAUCGACUAAUGCUCCAGAUGGCGCCAGAUUACGAGAAUCUGAUCCUGUUGCAGAAAGUCGAGGUGUUCGAGCAUGCGUUGUCGAAAACCACAGGACAGGAUCUCUAUCGGGUUUUGUGGCUGAAGAGCAACAACUCAGAGCACUGGCUAGAGAGACGGGCGACCUACACACGUUCUCUCGCCGUCAACAGCAUGUUUGGGUACAUCCUCGGCUUGGGUGAUCGCCAUCCCUCAAAUUUGAUGCUCGAGCGCUCGUCAGGGAAGGUGAUUCAUUGUGACUAUGGGGACUGUUUCGAGAUAGCUAUGCACCGCGAGAAGUUUCCUGAGAAGGUGCCGUUUAGGUUAACGAGGAUGCUGACACAUGCCAUGGAGGUUAGCGGGAUUGAGGGGAGCUUUAGGAGAGGGUGUGAGAUUUCGAUGAGGGUGUUGAGGGAGAAUAAGGAGUCAUUGAUGGCGGUCCUGGAGGCGUUUGUGUAUGACCCACUGAUCAAUUGGAGGCUUAUGCAAGCAGAUGCGGAUGGACGACGGCAACAUGAGCUUGAUGAAGAACUCGAAAGUGACCCGGAACAUGCAGCCGAGGUAGCACGCGUGGCGGCGGCGGCAGCGGCCCUUCCCCAAGGCCCCACCCGUAAACUCAAGGCGGACGAGAACGAUAUAUUCAAUGAAUCGAUCGGUGGGUUAGAUGCCCAAGAAACACGCAAUGAGCGUGCUCUGGCUGUGUACAAUCGGGUCCAACAUAAACUUACUGGCAGAGACUUUAACCCAGACAUCGCACUCAACGUUCAAGAGCAGGUGGAAAAACUGAUCCUACAGGCGACGUCGCUAGAGAACUUGUGCCAGUGUUUCUCGGGGUGGCCUUCAUUAUCUAACAUUGUCCCUCCGAGUCGAGACUCGGAAAGCGACAUGACCCAAUCGGAAGCGGUUAACCAUAAUUAA